AUGUUCAAGAACGAGUAUCAGGGAGGUGCAGUUGUAGAGGUCUUCAGUGCACAAGGAAAGGAUCCAGUGGCAAAAUGGAAACUUAGCGGUCAGCCGUCAAUAAGUAAGAUGUUCGAUAAGGAAAUAAAAGGUUUUGUGUACAGCUUCGAAGGCAGCAGUCAAACACAUAGGAUGCAGUUACCCAAAGAUGGAAAGAUGCCUCUUGCCCUAAUUCAGAAGUUCCUGGUGCUGCAGGUGUAUGUUCCUCCUGGUAAAGACUUCUCAACUGAGCUUGUUGUAACAGAUCAGGGGCACUUGAAGCGAAGGCUCUACUUGUCCACUGUCCAUAAGGAGUUCUCAUCUACCCCUCUGCAUGCCAGAAUACCACUAACCUGCCUCAGACGAAACAUUUGGUGUAACCUGUGCAUUGACCUGGGCUCAUUCACCACUGAGCUGUUCCGAGGAGCUGCGUUCCUGUCUCUGGAUGGCAUCAUAAUCUCAGCCUGUUGUAAAGUCAGGCGCAUGUUCACCAUGAGGACUGAACCUGCAGAACAUGUGGACAGAGAUCCUUAUGACAUGACAAAUUAUCCUAAAGAGGAGAUUCCUAAAAGCUACCAGUUUCCUUCCGAGGUUCAGCACAUUACACAGCUAAUGAAUAUGGAGAGACUGAGACAGGCUGAUCUGAAAAGUACAUCUAUCAGUUCAGAAUCUGAACAGCUGAGCACUGGGAGAGCAGCUCGGGGUCCUAAAAGCCAGGACUGCUCCCAUAUUGCUUUUGGUUCGAAAGUCACAGGACGUCCUCCGCUCACUGCAAGAAAGAGCAGUUCAGUCGCAAAUGUGACAGAAUCCAAAGCUCAUUCAGGAAGAAGUGGAAGACUAAAGACACAACCACCAGCUGAGCAGGCAUCUUCUGAAAGGACAAAGUCUGGGAGGCCAAAGCAGAUUCGUAAUGCUGGGAAAGAGAGAAUAGUUGCACGAAAUUAUGGAGAAAUAGACAAACAUCAGCCAACAGAUCACCGCACAGCAGAGCCGACAUGUAGUUCAUAUUCUCUUGAGCCAAUUCCCAAACCUUCAGCAUGCCAGUCUCCAUGUGGUUCACUCACUGAUUUGCACAUUCUUGAGAAUGAAAAUAAUGCCACCAGAAGAACUUCAACUCCACUCAGUCUGGAAGACACUGAAGAAGAAGGUGGAGAGGAAGUCUUUACUUUUUCUUCAUGUCUUCAAUCAGCCAAAAGGGGUCAACCUUUCAGCGAGGCCUUUGAGAGUUUAUCUUCUAACCUUAAAAGUGAUGACCUAGGGUGGGAGGGAGAGCGGAAAGAGACAUGUUUGGAGGAUGACUUCAUUGGGAGUGAGGGUGAAGAGGAUCAGAGCUACUUUGGAUUCCUCUCUCAAAGAUUUGCAGCACACACCAGUUCUGUUCCUCCUACUCUGGCUUCUGUUCCCAUUCCCAAAUCUACCUCUUCACCCAGGCUUUGGACUAAGCCAGCUAAGGCCUCUACUGUUACACAUACAUCCACAAAGUCUUCCUCAGAGGGGUCUCGAAGGACUGAAAUGGUGCGUAUGGCACCGACCCGCUGUCUCUCACCUUGCACUGCCAAACUGCAGAGCAGACAGGAACACUUUGGACCUGAGCGAAGCAGGCCUGAUGGAGAUAUGAGGACAUCCAUUAAUAGAACAUCUGUUCGAGAAAUUCCCCCUGAGGAUGUGAAGCUCUACAAGGUGAGGGAGAGCAUGAGGAGGAUGCCUGUGGGCUCCAGUGCAUGUGAUUUAUCUAAAAGAGCAGAGCAGGAGGAGGAUGAAGAAGAAGAGCUACGGAUGUUAGCUAGUCUAAAAAGACAGCAGGAAGAGGAGGAGGGUGGGACCUGUGACUCAGGCCUCAGUGCUUCACAGGUCCAGCAGUGCAAUGUCAGCCUGAGUAUGAGCAGUGAUGACACUUCUACAUGGACCCAGUGUAUCCCUCUAGCAUCUGAACAGGGCCAGUACUACCAGAAAGAGAUGAAUCCACUUCUCUCUAAUCCCAGGGAAUGGAUGGAUGUUCUCAGCCCCCCGAUAAUCCAUCCCAGACAGCAGCAGACUGAGAGCAAAGGAAACCAGAACAAUAUGUCCACCAAAGGGUCUGUGGCUGAGGAGAACUGCAGCGAAGAUGAGUUUCUCAGUCUGCGCUACGAUUCAUGUCUGAACUGCUACUUUGAUCCUCAGACUGGGAAGUACUAUGAGCUGAUCUAA